AUGGUGCAUCUAACUCUUGAGGAGAAAGCUACUGUCAUUGCCUUGUGGAGCAAGAUAAGGUUGGAUAAAGUUGGUGCUGAAACACUAGGCAGGCUGCUGGUUGUCUACCCCUGGACUAAGAGGUUCUUUGAGCACUUUGGGGACUUGUCCUCUGCUGAUGCUGUUAUGGGCAACCCUAAAGUGAAGGCCCAUGGCAAGAGGGUGCUAGAUGCCUUCAGUGAAAGCCUGAAGCAUCUCGACUACAUCGAGGAUUGCUUUGAUGCACUGAGUAAGCUGCACUGUGAGAGGCUGCAUGUGAAUCCUGAGAAUUUCAAGCUCCUGGGCGACAUACUGGUGAUUACACUGGCUCGAUACUUUGGCAGGGAAUUCACCCCAAAGUUGCAGGCUGCCUGUCAGAAGGUGGUGGCUGUUGUGGCUAAUGCCCUCGCCCACAGAUACCAUUGA